AUGAAGUCCUCCAUGGUUCUCCUUGUCGCUACCGGCCUGGUGUCGGCUCUCAGCAUCCCCCAGCUGGACGCCCGCAAUGCCGUUGCCCGGGUCGCUGCCUCAGCACCUGCCGCUGCUAAUUCGGCUCCUGCUUCCGCGGCUGAGGGUGCCGCAGCUCCCGCCGCCAGCGGUGACGCCGCUGCUGAGGAUGCCAAGAAGAAGGCUGAGGAAGAUGCCGCUAAGAAGGCCGAGGAGGAUGCCGCUAAGAAGGCCGAGGAGGAUGCCGCCAAGAAGGCCGCGGAUGACGCUGCCAAAGCUGGCAAGAACAACGACAACAAAAACAAUGAUGACGCCAAGAAGCAGCAGGAAGAUGAUGCCGCCAAGAAGCAGCAGGAAGAUGCUGCCAAGCAAGCCGAGGAGGCCAUGAAGAAGUACCAGCAGCAGCAGGAGAACAACAACAACGACAACAACAACCUGAACAACCAGGACAACAACAACAUCAACAACAACAACGCCGUUCUGGAACAGAACAUCCAGCUCCUCCUCGCUGCCAUGGGUCUCAACAACGUCGUCAACGUCCAGGCUCUCGCUCAGCUCCAGGCCCAGCAGCAGCUCAUCAUGCUCGCUCAGCUCCAGCAGCUUGCUCAGCUCGGCGCCGUCGGACUGGUCAACCAGAACCAGAUCCUCGCUCUCGCGCAGCAGGGACUCGUGUUCGGCGGCAUCAACGGCCUCAACAGUCUCAACCUCUUCAGCUUCCAGUAA